UAUUUGUUUAUUGUACAUGUUUACGCCGAUCGCCCUUUGAACCCUUCUGGAGGUCUCCGGCCGGUCGGCGAGUCAGUUGUUGCCUAGAGCCAAAGCCGAGAACACCGUUAUACCUGCCUAUCUAAACCCGUGUUGUGCGCAAUCGAUGGUUUUGACGACCUGCCCGUGUCCCUUAAGAGUUCGGUACCAAACGUCUGAAUCCGCCGGAGACUGUGGGGCCCUACCUAGUCGAAGAAAGAAGAGGACGACUGGGGCCGAGCUGCUUGAACUCGUUGGGGAAGCAACCACAAUCAGGGUUAUAUUUGCCUUGAAUCUGUCUGCGGGGGAAGCAGACGCCCGACCGAGGAGCCAGGCAGCACGGGAGGACACAGGGGGCAUAUGGGAAGCAUUCUCUUGCAUUGGGGCCCGCCACCAGCCACAGAUAACUGUUCCAUACCCUUCCAAGCAUAUGACCUUACUUUACGGCUUCUCUUUAGUCGACGGAGCCGUCUAG